AGAGUCGGUUCUAGCUAAGGUAAGGUUUGCCCGUUUGCUGUCUGAGCAUAAGUAGACAAUAUACGCACUCGCUUUGUUCAUCGCCUCCACACUGUGGGAAAGGUGUUUUACAAUUAUGACUACAUUUAAGCCCAAGCUUAAGAAUUCACUCCGAAUUACAGCGCCACCUCCCGAGGCCCCGCCCUCCAAGAGGCCCUGAACACCGCCUAUAGGUUUCCAAGGCAACCGCCUAACAGAUCCCUAGGUCCCCAGGAGAUAGAUACCGUUCACAGGGACCAGCAUUCUGAAUCAUGGCUUCUGAAGAAAAGACAGAAGAACAUCCAUUCGCAGACAUCUUUAACGAAGAUGAAACGGACAGGAACUGUCUGCUGUCCAAACCAGCCUGCUUUAUUAUAUUUGGGAAACCUGGGGUUGGGAAGACAACGUUAGCCCGGAGCAUAGCACAGGCAUGGAAAUGUAUUCGUGUUGAAGCUAUAUCGGUUUUGGAAGAGCACAUUGCGGCUGAGAAUGAAACCGGAACUAUGCUGCAGUCACUGCUGGUAAGCGGUCACACCGUCCCAGACGAGCUGGUCACAAAGUUGGUCCUGGAGAAGAUCAAGUCUCCAGAAGUUUCUCACUUUGGCUACAUCCUCACUGAAAUUCCGUCACUCUCACAGGAUAACAUGACCUCUUUGAAGCAAAUAGAAAUUAUUAAACAUUUAGAAUUGCAGCCCGAUGUCAUAAUCAAUAUUAAGUGCAGUGACUACGAUUUAUGCCAAAGAAUUUCUGGGCAACGACAGCACAGUACUACAGGCUACAUAUACACCAGAGAACAGUGGGACCCAGAAAUUAUUGAGAGCCGCAGGAAAAAGAAGAAGGAAGUCCUCAAGGAAGGAAAAGCCGAAGAGGAGGAAGAGGAAGAACAAGAAGAAGAGGAGGAGGCGUUUCUGGCUGAAAUGCAGAUGGUGACCGAAACUCUUCAAUACCUUGUCCAGAGGCCUGAAGAUUAUCUGGAGAACAUUGAAGUCACCGUGAACCUUUACAAGGAGCUUCUCCUCAAUGCUUUAGAGGAGGUAAUGGCUGAGCAUAACCCGCAGUAUCUCAUCGAGCUGGAUGGGAAUAAGCCACCGGAGGAGCUCUUCCUGACGGUCAUAGAGCGGCUGAAGUACUUGAACGUGCGGCGGGCAGCCAUCAUAACCAAGCUUCAGGGCACAGAAGAGGAGAUGACGGACAUAAUUGACACUGAAGAGCUGUUCCGCACAGUGUCGUCUUAUAAACUCAUGGGGCCAAGGUAUAGAUGGAACCGAAGCAAGUGGGCGCGGGCUUGCCCGGUGUCCUUAAAGGAUGGGAACAUUUAUCCAGGAGCAGCAGACUUUUCCGUGAGUUUUCUAGGUAAAAUGUACUGCCUUUCUUCGGAAGAAACAUUAAAAUUGUUCUUGCUGAACCCCCGUCCCUUCCUCCUACCACCUAUGCCGUUGCCACCUUGCAAAGUCUUUAUCUUUGGACCCAACCACUCAGGGAAAACCACACUGGCCAACCUGAUUGCAGAACACUUCAAAGCAAAGGUAAUUGACUAUGCCACGCUUGUUCAGCCACGUUUUGACAGUGCCCGUGAAAAGCUAAUUAAAGACACCAUAAGCGAGGCCACCAACACGGCCAUCAAACUCGUGAAAGAGAGGCUCCUGAAUGACUUGCGAGUCAAAAAGCAAGAGGAGAAGACCUUGAAGGAACUGCGAAUGCACUAUACAAAAAAAGAGUACGAAGACUUCUCGGAUUAUAAAAAGACAAAAAGUUCUGAAGAGUUUCCAUCCUCUGCAGACGACCCAGAAGCUCAAGGCUCCAGGAACUUAAGCGCCUUAGAGAUUGGCCCGGAAGACAAGUCAAGGUCAGAGAACACCAUUUCCGGGGACACUGAUAAAGAUGGCUCCCCAGAAGAGUUGAUAGAAGAGGUGACUGAGAAUCACCCAGAGGUGUUUGCCAUGAUCGAGGAUACUCUGAGACAUUCCAAGGAGUUGAACUUUGAGCAGCCAUAUGACAAACAGGCUGAAAUACUGGAGGAAGUCAUCAAAGAGGUAACGAAAGAUAACAAGAAUAGGUUCGCUGGUGCCCCGAAGUACGGAGGAUGGAUUGUGAAGAACUUCCCCAUAAUGCGGGAACUGUGGAUGUCCUUGAUAGAAAAAGCACUUUUACCUGAUCUGGUUGUCAAUCUAUCAGAUACAGAAAGCAACGGAAAAAUCGUGUUAACUAGAUUAUAUUUAAGCAAUAAGGCAGAGAUCAAUGCUAAGAUUUUAGAAAGACUGAAAGAAGAAUUGCAAGUCAAAAAGAGAGAGGAGGACGAAAUACGAAAAGUCAAAGAGGAGGAACUGAGGCUGGAAGAAGAAAAACAAAGGAUGAUGGAGCUUGAGGCUAAGAAAGCAAAAGUUGUUGAAGAGCCCGAUAACGAAGCUGAGGAGGAGGUGGAUGUGGAAGAGUCUGAGAUCCAUGAAGAGACGGAGGCACAAGAAAUGGGUGAACUCGCCAGAGAGUCAUCUAUACCUGGGGGGUCUGAGUCAUCCGAGGUCCCAGAAGCAGAGCAUGACCCGGAAGCAGAAUUCAAGGCUCCUGAGGACACUGCAGUCGAAGCAGAAACUGAAAAGGGAUCUAAAGAGACCCUGGAGUUGGAAGAGCAGCUGAAAGCCAUGCUGCCAGAGUUUCCGGAAGAUGGCUACCCCAACGUCCCUGAAAUGGAGCCACUGAAGGAAGUGUUGGCCAACUACUUGAUCGCAUGGAAACAGCUGGAGCCCAUAAUUUCUGACAGCCUGGUGCCGGUAUUAACAGUGGAUAUUUCCAACAAAACACCCAAGGAGCUGCUUCAGCGCGUGAUUGAGAUGAUGGAAAAGCCUUUUAAGUAUGGUGCUUGGGAACUAAACGCGGAAGACUAUGAAGAAGAAGCAGAAGACUAUCAGGCUGAAAUGGAAGUCGAGGAGGAGCAGGAGGAAGAGGAAGAGGAAGAGGAAGAGGGUGAAGAAAAAAGUAAAGAAAGGAGGAGACACUUGGGAGAUACCAAACACUUCUGCCCGGUGGUUCUCAAAGAAAACUUUGUUCUACAACCGGGCAGCACGGAAGAGGCCGUUAAAUACCGGGAGAAGAUAUACUACUUCUCAACCCCUGAGGCAAAGGAGAAGUUCCUGGAGCAUCCUGAGGACUACGUGUCCCAGAACGAACCCUUAAAGGCUCCACCGCUAAGGAUUUGUCUUCUGGGUCCUCAUGGUUCUGGCAAAACUGUGUGCGCGAGAAAGCUGGCAGAAAAUUUUGGCAUUUUCCACAUUCAAUUCGAGGAAUUUCUCCAAGAAAGAAUGCUGCUCAAAGCUGAACGGAAAUUCGGACCUGAAUUUGAGGACGAUUCUGAGGAGGAGCAAGCGAUGAAGCAAGAGCUUGAAGAGCUUGCAGCUCAGGCAAAUGUGAAGAUCGAAGAAGACAAUACAAAGAAGCAGCUUCCAGAAGUGCAAUUCACAGAGGAAGAAGAGGCGAUCAAGCUGAGUCUGACGGACAACGAGCCCCUGCCUUCGGAAAUUCUAGACCCCAUGCUCUCUGAGUGGUGGCUUAAAGAACCAAUACGCUCCACGGGCUUUAUCCUGGACGGCUUCCCGCGGUACCCUGAGGAGGCCCAGUUUCUGGGAGAGCGGGGAUUUUUCCCAGACGCCGCAGUUAUAAUACAAGUCGAUGAUCAAGACAUCUUCGAUCGCCUCCUCCCCGCCCAAGUUCAGAAAUGGAAGACGAAACAACUCAAGAAAUCAGAGAGGAAAAAAAUGAUCAAAGAAAUGAAGGCGAAAAUCAAGGAAGAUAUGGUCGCUAAAAGAAGAGCUGAACUUAUUUCAGAGCGAGAGAAAAGAAAGAAAGGGGAGGGCGCUUUUAGAGAUGAGGAGGAGUUUAGUGACGAAGAUGCCGAAGACGAGGACGAUAUUGAGAACAUCCUUGAGGAAGAGUUUCCAAAGGAUGAGGAGGAGAUGAGCGAGGAAGACGAGGAACAGGAAGGAGAUGCCACCGAGCGCCUGAGAAGCGAGCUGGGGGAGAAAUUUGAAACAGAAACAAAUAAUAUCCAAUCGAUACAGGAUGAGUUCGAAAGGUUUCUGAUACCAAUAAUUCCGGUCAACGGAGCAAGGAAAAUGCAUAUUGUACAAUACGUACUGAAUGUGAAACUGAAGCCCCUGGUGGAAAACCGUGCGAGCAUUUUUGAAAAGUGUUACCCGGUAUCCCCGCACCUCGCUCAUAAAAUGCUUGCCUUCACCUACAAACACAUGAGCUCGUUUGGCUACUGGGACCCUGUAAAGCUAAGUGAGGGAGAGACCAUCAAACCUGUUGAAACGGCAGAGAACCCGCUGAACCCUAUAAUUCAUCGUCACUACAUCUAUUUCUUAUCCACCAAACAAACUAAAGAGAAAUUUAUGAUGAACCCAAUCAAAUACAUCCGGCAGCCCAAACCCAAAGCUUCCAUGCCUGUGAGGAUCAUGAUUGUGGGGCCGCCCAAGUCGGGGAAAAGUACAGUUGCCAAACAGCUGGCAAAUGACUACGGCUUAAAAUGUUUGUCGAUGGGAGACGCGUUGCGUGGAAUGUUAAGCAAUCACCCAGAGGCAGAGCUGUCGCUGAGGAUAAACUGGCAUCUUCACAAAGGGAUGACGGUGCCUGACGACCUGGCUAUUCAAGCUUUAGACAUCUCUCUGUUGGACAGUGUGUGCAACACUGUAGGUGUGGUCAUCGAUGGCUACCCCGUCACCCCACACCAGGUGGAACUCUUGGAGGCAAGGUCAAUCAUUCCCAUGAUCAUCUUUGAGUUGGAUGUGCCGUCUAAGGAGAUUUUCAAAAGACUGCUCUUAGAGAAGAAGAGUGAACAAGGUAUGCCUUAUCCGAUGCACAACAGCACGCAGAUCAUAGCCUAUAGGAACGCAAAGUACCGUAAAAAUGUCAAUGAGAUCAGGCAGUUUUAUCAACGGCAGCAUCAAAACUGGCAUGUGAUUGACGGGUUCCACAGUAAAUGGUGGGUAUGGAAUGAAGUCAUCAAAGACAUCCAGCAGAUGAACAAGUACAUACAGACAUACAUGGAGAAAAUAAAGGAAGGGAAAGCCGCGUGCAUUGACAAGCUAUGCAUCACACCUGAGGAGCUGAUUUCUCGCCUGGGAGAGUUUAAACAGUUCUGCCCUGUCAGCCUAGCAGAGUCCAAUGAACUAAUUGACUGCUCCGUAACUAGCAGCUUGGAAUUCACAGCAGAGUUCAGGGGACACUAUUAUAAAAUGAGUUCCCAGGAAAAGCUAAACAAAUUUCUGAAGAACCCAGAACUGUAUGUGCCUCCCUUGGCACCUCAUCCGCUCCCACCAGAUGACAUGCUUCCCAAGAGGCUGACACUGUCGGAGCUGAAGAGUCGUUUUCCUAUGUCGGCUGAGCUUCAGGGUUACUGCCCAGUGACUUACAAGGAUGGGAAACAAAGAUAUGAAGCCCUGGUGCCUGGUGACAACGAAUAUGCUGUAGAGUAUCGCGGACGCAUAUACAUCUGUGAGAGCGAAGAAAAACUCCAGAAAUUCCUGAGGUUGCCAAUGAAAUACUGGGACCAGAAGCUUCCGCACAAACUUCCCCCGCCCAAGGAAUCCAUCCACCUCACCAGCCUGCCUUUGCCUGGGUACCUGGAACAGGGCACAGCAACAUCCCUGAUCAAGGCAAUGAAUGCAGCCGGGAACCUGAAACCCAAGCUCCCCUUCCUAAGUGUGAGGAGGUCUGUGCUCCUUUACAUAGCGUUCCAUCUCAAAGCAUUUAACCCCAAGGGUUCUGAAUAUUCGAGAAAAAAAUAUAAAAAGAAGAUGGAGCAGUUCGUGGAAAGGUGUGAACUCAUCACGUACCUCAGCUCCAAGAUGACCCGGAAGUUCAAGGAGCCUCAGUUCAGACCCAUCGACUUCGAUCAUAAGCUACAGACGUUUAUGUCCUUGAAAAACAUAGACCCAGUUACUGGGUAGCUUUGCUUAGGUUACAGAGACCCAAAUCCCAGAAGUCUCCAAGGGCGAGGGAAUUGAAGAAGCAGAACUUAAACCCUGCAUUUUCCGAAGUGUAUUUCCCUCCUGCCUGACGUUGUGUAGUUACUGGGCCCCAGAUGGACUCAAAGCCCUUACUUAACCAGGAAGGGUCACCGUCUGGGUAUUAAUACAGCUUUCAAGUUUAUUCCCUUUUCCCCUGAAUUUGAUGCUCCCACAAAAUAGGCAUGCUAUUGAAAUAUUAAAAUACGUACUAAACCUGU